AUGGCCACACCCCAGCACGAGAUCAUCAUCGUGCCCGCACCUGGCCAGCCCGGGUUCGAGGAGCUCCGGCAGCAGUGCUACGACGUCCGCAUCGAGGUCUUCCACCGCGAGCAGGGCUUCCCGCUCGAAACCGAGGUCGACGAGUUCGACGACGCGGCGACGCACUUCCUUCUUCGGCUCACGCCGUCCAUGCAGCCCAUCGGCACCAUCCGCUGCGUGCGCGGCCCGCACGGCGCCUACUACAAGCUCACCCGGCUCGCGAUCCUCCACGGCUUCCGCAAGCACCGCUUCGGCCGCGCCCUCGUCCUCGCCCUGCACGAUUACAUCCGCACCGACGUCCGGGCGCGUGCUGCUGCUGCUGCUGCACCGGGCCCUGCAGGGUCGCCGGAGCCCACGUCGGUCACGGUCGUCUGCAGUUCUCAGCUGCCCGCCAAGGGAUUUUAUGCAAAAUUCGGCUACGUCGCCGAGGGGGACGAGUACGACGACGAAGGCGAGCCUCACCAGAAGAUGGUCGCUCGCUUGUCUCUGUCCGAUUAG